AUGAUCGGCUUCGCGCAGGUGUACGGGACACCCUUCAUCGACGCCGCCACAACGCCCAUCACCCCGCCGGGCGUGCCAGCGUCGCCCAUGACCGGCUUCGCGCAGCAGGCGGAGAAGGAGAAAGCCGGCAUGUCCGGCACCGUCAUGAGCGGGUUCCGCCCCGACGCCGUGCCCGUGUACCGCGAGCUGGUGAAGGAGUUCGCCGUGUGCGACCGGUGGUUCGCGUCGAACCCGGCGUCGACGCAGCCCAACCGGCUGUUCGUGCACUCCACCACCUCCCACGGCCUCGUCAGCAACGACACCAAGGUGCUGGUGGCGGGGCUCCCGCAGCGGACCAUCUUCGACGCGCUCCACGACGAGGGCUUCGUCUCCUUCGGCAUCUACUUCCAGUAUCUGCCGUCGACGCUCUUCUACCGGAACCUCCGGCAGCUCAAGUAUGCGGGCAGCUUCCACGCCUUCGACCUCGACUUCCGGCGUCACUGCCAGGAGGGAAAGCUGCCCAUCUACGAGGUGUACGAGGCGCUGCGGUCGAGGCCGCAGUGGGAGGAGACGCUCCUCGUCGUCACCUACGACGAGCACGGCGGGUUCUACAACCACGUGCCCACGCCCGCCGGCGCCGACGUUGUGCCCAGCCCCGACGGCAUCGUCAGCGCCGCGCCUUUCUUCUUUGGCUUCGACCGCCUCGACGUUCGUGUCCCGGCGCUGCUCGUGUCGCCGUGGAUCGAGCCUGGGAUCGUGCUGCAUAGGCCGUCGGGGCCAUACCCGACGUUAGAGUUCGAGCACUCCUCCAUCCCGGCCACCGUCAAGAAGCUCUUCAACCUCAGGAGCUUCCUCACCAAGCGCGACACCUAG